CUCGAGGAAUUUGUUAAGUCCAGCGAAGAAGUGAAGAAGAAGUAUCAGCUUUUUGAGAUUUGGGGAGACUUGGGCAAAAUGAAGUGGUUCAAUUCUGUGUCAACGCUGAAGAAUUUUAAUAGUGAUUUUCAGAUUAUCAUAGAAGGCGUUACCGGUUCUAUUCGGAUUUUAAUGAAAAUAGAUGACGUCGCACUUCUUCGGGGGAGUAAGUGCUAUGCAGCGAAAAUCGCGGCUACAACUCCUGCUUGGCUGUAUUUAUAUGAAACCAGUACUACUUCUACUACUUUUGUACCUUCAACAACAAUUUCUACAACAACACCAACAACGCCGACAACACAAACAUCAAAAACAACUACAACAACAACACAACGAUCAUUUGGAGUAAACGAUACCUUAAGUUGUGCAUUCCUUAACGGUGAUUUCUGCGGGUGGAAGAACGACCUAGGGGCGAUCGACCGUUGGUUGUCCAAAGACAAUUACAUUUACUUCGACGAACCGUCUUGGUUAGGGAACAGCUCAGUUCGCUUGAUCUCUCCAACAUACAGAUCUGUUUUAAAUAGCAAUGGCUGUUUCUUCUUCUCAUACAAAAUGUAUACAAAAUCGCAUAGCAGAUCCACGGUAAUCCGAAUAUAUCAAAAGCCGGACUAUGUAGCUCUUGAAGACUUAGUUGAGUACAGCGAUGAAGCGAAGCUGGAUUAUAUUAUUUAUGAGAUUUGGGGGGACUUGGGUGAUUACUGGUACGAUAAUAUCUCGACGCUGAGGAAGUAUGAUCAUAAAUUCCAGAUCAUAAUAGAAGGCAUUUUUGGACAAGAUCGUAUGUUUAUGGCAAUAGAUGACGUUUCCAUACUUCAAGGGUCAGACUGCCCAAAAACUACUACAACUACCACAAGCACUCCCACAACUCCAACAACAAUCGAAACAACAGAUGCAAACACAACAACCCCAAUGCUAGCAACAACACAACGACAGCGAGAAGAAACAACUACUACAACUAAAACUAGUACUUCCACAACACCAACAAUAAAUUCAACUACAACAAUCCUAAUACUAACAACAACGCAACGACAACGAGAAGACAACAACGUAGACGGUGUCGAUCUUCCAACCAUAGCGAUUACAUUAGCAGUUAUACUGGUAUUAGUCAUCCUUGUUACUGUAUUAACUUGGAAACGAUCUAGAACAGACAGCUCCAACGCAUUGUGGACGUACAUAAUGAGAAAAUACGGCCGCAGAAAUAAUAGUGAAGAUACAAAAGCCCCUGGUGUCGAAUAUUCAACUAAAAAUGCAGAGGUCGAAAUAUCAUGCAAUUAAACAAGGCAACUAAUGCUUACAGAGUACGAACUGAUACGGGAGGUUGGAUUAAGAAGUGGAUCAAGAAGACGCCGAAGAAAUUAACAUCUGUAUUUAUUUUAGUACUAAACUACC